UUUCAAUUCAAGUUUAAAUGUGUUUCUCUUGUUUAAUAUGUGAAUUGUUGCCCAUUGUCGGCCAAUCUAGGAUAAACAAGGAGCUGUGUUUGUACUGUUAAAUAACUGCAUUAAGAAGCUUUCAGAUUUGGGCUGUUGAAACUUUAUUAUACGUGGGCUAUAUAACAAAAUAAACAAAAACAUAAACAAAAUCGAGGUAUAGGCUUACUGAAAACACUGGGGGGUCAUCGACCUGAAACCCGUAAGUUUCGUUUUCCUUGGAAAGUGAAAGCUGCUGCUUCUGCCAGGAGGAUGACCUUAAAGCAGCCGAGUUUCUUGAACGGUCCAGUACGUUCACAUAUGACAUGUAGUAUUUAAGUAUCAAACGGAUUUAACAAAAGACAAGUCAAAUCCCAGCUUUGAUUCACCGCGCCUGCUGACUGAAUCGACAGGAAGUGAAAUCAGCUGUUAUCAAAAGUAUCAAUACCAGUAUCGGUUGUUAAAGUACUCUGCUACAAGUACAGCAGAGUACAGAACAGACACUGAACAGCAUAUGAAGUUACAACUGAUGGAAAUCAGCAGGCAGUUCUGCAGAGAUCUGAACAUGAUGUGGAUGGUGUGGUGUUCACAGUCCGAGCCAGCCUGGAGCCUCACACCUCCUCCCCUGCAGGAGGACAGGGUUUUACAGCACCUGCACAGAGCCCACAGCCCAUGCCUGCCUCAACAGCUCCACCAAGUGGUGAAGAGUAUGAACUACAACCUGAUUCUUACCCCCUCCAUGACCUAAAGGAGUGUCCCAAGGCACACAGCAGCACAGCAAGAGGAUCCACUGCUGGAGCUCCUGGGAACAGUGUCCAUGUAGAGGUCAUUCAGGGAACCAUUGAGACCCAGCAGGUGGAUGCUGUGGCAUCGCCCAUGGUCGGCCAUCACCCUCUCUCAACUCGUAUUGGACAAACUUUGUCCGAGAUGGCUGGACACCAGAUGAAGGUAAAGUUCCUAGAGGAAGCAGGAGAAGGAAUUUUCCCUGGUGACACGGUGCUGGUGGAGGACUUGCCUGGACUUCCAUCUCGUGCAGUGUUCUUCCUCAGCCUCAUUCCUUGGGAUGAAGACCAAGAUGGAGCUGCUGUCCAGGCUCUGAGACUGGGCAUCAACACAAUCCUGACUUCCUGUGAGAAUAAAGGGUUCGGAUCUGUUGCCCUUCCUGUACUCGGAGCUGGAAUCGCCCUGCGUUUUCCUGACAGCGUGGUAGCCAGGGUUCUGCUGGAGGAAAUUCAUUCAUUCGAACAGGAUCGAGCCAGCAGAACACCACUGCUGGUCCGCAUCAUCAUCCACCCCGAUGACGAAGAGCUUAGUGAGGUCUUCACGCCUGCCCAGGAAGCUCUCCAACUGAAAGAAUUCACAAAAGAUGUUCACCAACCAGAUCAAGGGCCAACUACAAAGAGGAUUGUACUGUUAGGGAAAACUGGAUCUGGCAAAAGCAACCUAGCUAACACCAUAUUUGGAGAAAAGGUAUUCAUCACAAAUCAUUCUCCCAACUCUGGAACAAGCGAAUGCCAAGCAGAAACCAAAUCUGUCAAUGGAAGAAGCGUCACUUUGAUCGACACGCCUGGUUUAUUUGAUGCGGGGAGGUCUGAAGAGGAACUGAGGCCUGAGAUAUUGAGCUGUAUCACAGAGUGCGCUCCUGGGCCUCACGCUUUUCUCAUUGUGCUUAGAGUGGAGAAAUUCACAGAGCACGAGCAGGCUGUCAUCAAUAAAAUAUGUCAAUAUUUCUCUGGAGAUGCUCUGAAAUAUGCUGUGAUCGUCUUCACUCAUGGCGACCAGCUCCCUAAGGGGAUGAAAAUCGAGGAGUUUGUCAGUCAGAAUGUGAGUCUCAGUGAUCUGGUGAAGCAGUGUGGAGGUCGCUGCCACGUCGUGGAUAAUAAAUACUGGAAGAACAAACUGCAGAAUAACUACAGGAGCAACCAGUUCCAGGUGGAGGAGCUGCUCAGCACAAUUGACAAGAUGGUGAUGGAAAACAAUGGAGGCUACUACACUAAUGACAUGUUGCAAGCAGUGGAAAAUGAAGUACAGGCAGAAGAAGAAGAGAUACGACAGAAAUCAGGAAACAUGUCAGAGGAAGAGAUCAGAAAACAAGCUAAAAGCAAAGUGUCUCAGAGGUUUCUGAUCCAGCUGGCAGGUACUGCAACAGGGGCACUGUUAGGCGCCUUCUUUGGUGUUGCAGCAAUGGUUGGAUUAGUUAUCACGGCUCUGCACAACACUUCAGGCUUGUUGAAACUCAUUAAAAAACCAGCAGUAGGAGGGGUGGCUGCAGCAGCAGCAGCAGGAGGAGGAGAAGUAGCAGUCAUAGCUGCUGGAGUCACGGUAGGUUUGGCUGCAGCAGCAACUGGAGCAACUAUGGGUGGGAUGAUAGGACACGAAGCAGCUGAGAGAGCAGAAACACCACAGGAGGCAGCACAGAUGGCAUUUAAUUCUGUCAUUGAGAAAAGUAAAGCGCAAUUAAAGCAACUGUAGCUGAUAUUUUCAUGACUGCAGUGUCUCAAAUGUCUGAACACCUUGAGAGGCUGUGCUGCGUUCUCAUUUUGUUUAAAGUGACUCUUCUGUUAUUACCGAUGGACAGAUUUGUGUUUGUAGCCAACUUCUGCCUCCACCACCUCUGGAGGAAAACAUCUGCACUGUAAAUGGUCCACUUUGUUCACCAGCUGGACAGUUUGGUCUGACUGUCUGCCGUUUGGUGCUGAGCACAACACCAGCUGUCUGUAGAGGCUGGACCCAAGCCUGAUCAUAAUCAAUAGUCAAUAAUAAUAGUAGCCAGAAAAUCAGAACAAUGAGUUUAAAGAAGUUAAUAGUCUCCAUAGAGCUGAAUGAAACUGGGUGAUGAGUCUUUUUUGGGGAUUUGACUUUAUGAGGGACGACUUUCAGAUUUAACUGACUUCAAGAUGUUGGCUGAUGAUUCACUUCCUUCCACUGAUUUGUUUCUCUGUAUUGAGCUAUUGUUGAUUUGUUCUAAAUCAGUUUUUCAACAAUAAAAGCGCUGAUUGUGCACAA